CCGGCCACUUCCACCGCUGCUGCUGUCGGGGCCGUCGUCUCCCUACCCGAUGCACGCGACGGACGGCUGAGGCUCGCGGAGCAACAAGUGUUACCAGCUGCCUUCGCCCCGCCCCCAAACGAGAACGAUGUCAGCCUCGUGGUGGAAACUGCCCCGAGGCGAUACAACCACCUCACUCGAGCGCCGAUCGCGCGACAAGCACCCACGUACCCCGCGGCUUGAACUCGGCGCGAGUUCCACGCGAGCGCGAAUCUGUCGAGCGGAAUUUUAAAGUCACUUUGGAGUCGGUGCCGAUAUGUGAUACAUUCGAACGCCCACGACGGAUUCGGAGAAACGAGAGGUGCGAAUCGAGCGAAUCUCGCGCGCGCGCGCGCGCGAGGCUGGACUAGGAUCGCGAAUUGACAGUCGCUUGCGAUUAAAUCGUUUGAAUCGGUUGAAGCUGUCGUACGCGUCGAAAGAUCCUGUGAACGCUCCAAAAUAAUCCUGUUCCGAACGAUUUCGCGACGUGACAGCACUUGGAUGCAAUUGUUAUUCCUUUCAAAGAUGAAACACGUUAAAUGGUAAACCGUAGCGAUACAAGAUUACGCUUAAACGUCAGCGGAAUUUAUCUACUUAUUUAUCCACUAAGACGUAUGCUAGCCGAUUGAGAGAAUUGAGGAUAGCCGCUGACUCCCGUCAUCGUUGGAGCAAAGUGCAAUGAUCUACGAGCAAGGAUAAGAAGACUAAUUUGCCGAAGAAAACAAACGGUUAUCGAUUCAACAGGAUUGCAGAUCGAUCUCACUUUCUUGAAAAAAAAAUCUGUUAUCUUGAAGGAAAUCAAGUGCGCCAGCUGAGACACAAAGAAAAGCAGAUAAGAAAGAGUUGGCGAACUGCGACGGGCAACAAAACGAGCGACGCAGAUAAAACCGAGACCUUUACCACUGAAUCACGCAGAUACGCAGCAUCGCGGGUUAAUCGCGAGCUGAAAUAACUUAAACAUAACAGUGAACACGAUUGAAACGUGAUAUCCAAAGUCGUCCGCGGAGGAAGGGAGAGAGAUCGGAUAACGUCGGCGGAAUAUCGGCAAAAUUAUCGUUAACGAGACAAAAGUGCGCUCGUCGCGAUGAUAAAGCGAUAAGAAAACGGUAGCGAUAACGCAGCGAUGACUAAUUGAACGGCGACUAAUCUUCGCCGAGAUGAGCGUGUCGCGCGCGAUAAAUCGGCAAGUCUGAUCGUAUGCGACCGUGCGACUUUACGAUUCAACCUUUGCGACUCCCGUUACGACGAAGGGGAUGAAGAUGAACGACGUCAAGCCGGAGAGCUCCAGCGCGUCCAUUUCGCCAGCAGGUGGAAAUAACAACAAUAAUAACAACAAUAACAACAUCAACGGCAGCGGCAAAGCAUCGGCAACGGCCGCCGCCGCGGCGGCGGUCACCGCGAACGGUGGCGAGGGGAUCAGCGCAGCCGUCGCCAAGGUUCUCCAGGGAUACGACUGGACUCUGGUGCCGGUUGCCACCAAGGGCUCCGGCGACAAAAGGGCGGCCCACGUCAAAAGGCCCAUGAACGCGUUUAUGGUGUGGGCUCAGGCUGCAAGGCGAAAACUAGCCGAUCAAUAUCCUCAGCUUCACAACGCCGAGCUGUCGAAAACACUGGGAAAGUUAUGGCGACUCCUGUCCGAAAACGACAAGAAACCCUUUAUCGAAGAGGCCGAUCGCCUGCGCGUUAUUCACAAGCGCGAGCAUCCCGAUUACAAGUACCAACCCCGACGCCGGAAGCAGAACGGGCCGUCUUCCGGCCGCGAAAAUUCACCCUCGAGGAACCAGAGCAACGUGACGUUCAGCGUUUCCAGGUCCUUGAAACAGGAAGACAUGAGUCCUCGAGGUGUUCAAGGACCCAAUUCACCGCAAAGUGGUGUGAGCUCUUCGCCACCCACGACACCCAGUCAGGGUCUGUCACCGCCGACACCCCCCACGACACCCAGAGGACAGCACUACGUUAAUCAGAACAAUCAGCUUCCGCAGAAUAACACCGUGUACUAUCAAGAGCUGGUCAGCGGUACGUCGUCGAGCGAAUCCCCGCAUCAGCAACCACCGGUCGAUCUCCGGUACAUUGAAGUCGGAGACGGCCUGGCCGGCGAGGAGAACCAGUUGAAUGGCCUCGGCACUUUGGGCGGGCUCGGCCUGAAUCUCCCGGUGAAUUUCCAGGAGUGCGAGGUCGAGAGCAACGAGCUCGACCAAUAUCUACCACCCCAGAGCGCUCCGAUACAUCAGUAUCCACCUGUGCAAGUCACCACCGCCUCGCAAUGGUUACUCAACAGAUACGAAGAGGAGAUCGAAAGGCCGAUCAAACGUCACUGUUCCGAGCAAGCGAUGGCGGAGGUAUCGUCUUGGGAGGACAGGACUCAGGAAAUGGUCAGGUACCACGAGUUGCAGCCUCCCCUUCCGCCGGUCCAGUACAUAUCCGCCCAUAACGCGCAUCAUUCGCACGCGACUACGCAGAUGAGCCAUCCGCAUGUAUCUACGCCCUACGCGCAAUACGCGCAUCGCUAUGUACCUGGCAUCGAGACAUCGUGGCCGAAUUACAUGUAGACCAAAAUGAGGUAAACGUGACGACAUUUUUACGCUGGUGCGCCAAGAGGCACACCGGAGUAUCGUUGAAUGUUCGAUUUAUGUAUAAAUAAGCGAGUAAGAAAAGACAUAGGUUGUCUCGGAUCCACCGAGAAAUAUUUUAAGGACAGAUUUUCGGAAUUUGUUGUCGAUUUUUAUCUAAUUCGAUUCAUCUAUGUCGAUCUUGUGUAAAAAAGAUAAUUAAAUAAAGUCAUAUAAGUUUUGAAAUUGCCCUGAAAUUAUUUAGAAAUCAAAAACUUGUUGCUUGGUUUCAAUUGCAAUUAACAAAUCUUCGUUAACGAAAAAUCGAUGCCAAGUUUAUUGAAAAAGUUGUCUCCAAAAUAUUUGUUCCCGAGAAAAAAUGGUACAAUUGGUCAGAUGUAAAUAUAUA